AGCAUAAAUUACAAGUCUUGAAGCAUUUAUCACCUUUAUACAAUGGCUUAUAAGUAUACCCCAUCUUUUUUCUUGUUAUUAUUUGUCACUUUGUUUUUAACAAGUAGUUAUGUGAUUCAAGCAGAAGCGCGUAAUCUUCUUGAAGUAACUAUCCCUGAGCUUCCUAAGCCAGAAUUGCCACAUUUACCUGAAAUUCCAACUUUGCCUAAGCUUGAAUUCCCAGAAAUUCCGAAACCUGAGUUGCCUACUCUACCAAAGCUCGAAUUUCCAGAAAUCCCAAAGCUGGAGUUUCCACCAUUUCCAAAGGCUGAACUUCCAACAUUACCAAAACUCGAGAUUCCUGUCAUUCCUAAGCCUGAAUUGCCAACUUUGUCAAAGCCAGAAAUCCCUCAAGUGCCCAAAAAGCCUUGAGAGCAUUGUUAAAAAUGUAUUGUGUUGUGUUAUCAUAUAUGUAUUUCUUUGUUGUGCUAUACAAUCUGCCAUUUGAAACUUUAAUUUCCUUCAUGUAUAAGAAUUGUUUAUGUAUUUUGUUCUGUCAUCACUUCAUUAAUGUACUUGUGAUUCUAGUGACAUUAUACAUAUCUCUGUUUCAUUUGUU